UCGCAAUAUAAAAUGGUAGUUCAUCGUCCUGUAUUAAAGCAGAAGCAUAAGCCUUUUAAAAAUGCUAAGGGUAAAGGUGUUAAACCAAAGGGCGUGUCAAUCUCUGCUGGGAAGGAUGUGACUCUUCAUCGCAGGGAUAAAAAAAGCCGUAUGGUGGCAAGAACAAAAGCACUACGAUCUAAUUUACAGGAAGAAGCUCCGCGACUUGUUUUUGUACUUUCCUUUCACGAUAAUGCUAACCCUAGUGAAUUCAUAGAAGCAGCUUCUAGGCAUAUCGCCAGUGAUCUCUAUAUUCCAACGUGCAAAAACAGCAAUGGAUGGAUUGUUACCGAACCAAUGGUAUUACCCAAUGCGAUUUUACGUGAUGGAAUUGCCCGUCGUGUGAUCUUCUUUUCAUGCCCUCGUUCACUUUCGGAUAUUUUAUAUGCUGCUUCUGUGGCUGAUAUACUUAUUUGUUUAUUUCGUGGAAGUUCGCAAACGGAGCCUGCUUUUGAUGAUUUUGGGUACAAAGCGUUGAGUGUAAUCCGCCAACAAGGUGUUCCCACUCCCAUUGGUAUAGACCUUGAGCUUGGUUUACCAGGUGACCGUUUUGCAAGUUAUAAUUUGGUGAAACGGUAUUUCCAUGACGAAUUGGGAGGAGAUAAGCGUUUCGUUGCCAUACUGGCCCCCGAUAAUAUUAAAGCGGCUUUGAGUGCAAUUGGCUGUGUUUCCAUUGGUUCACUUUCGUGGCGUUCGGGAAGAGGGUACAUGUUGUCACUAGGUUACAGCUAUGACCCUUCAUUGCAACAAUUGCGUGUAACUGGCUAUGCUCGGGGGGUUGGAUUCAGUGUACACCAUCCCGUUCACGUGACUGGUGUAGGAGAUUUUAUUUUGGAACGCAUUGACAUGUUGGCAGAUGUUUGUCCUAUCAAAUCUGGUAGUAAUAUGCAAUGUGAUACUAGAGUUGAAGAAAUAACAGGUGAAAUUGCUAAAGAGUUAGCGAAGGAGGUAGAUUGCUUAGUUAAUGCAAAUCCAUUCACAACUUACCAUGAGGAACCGGACCAACUAUUGGACGAUUUCGAAAAGUGUGUACAGGUUGGUGGUAUAGGUGAUGACAUUGAAAUGGAAAGUGCAAUUGGCUCCGGGGAUGAGGCUGAUGAUGCUUUGGGUGAUAUGGAAACAUAUUUCACCAACCUUGCGGAUACAGAUCUGAAUCCUAAGCGUAUUGAAUUUGAAAAACGUGAAUUAGAGGACUUGAGUUUUCCAGACGAAGUAGAUACCCCCGUGGACAUACCCGCCCGAGAGCGAUUUCACAAAUAUCGUGCUUUAAGAUCUAUUAAAGAGGGUGCUUGGGAUCCCUACGAGUCUUUACCAAAUGAAUAUAUGCAAAUAUGCGAAUUCGAAAAUUUCAGGACAACUAUGGCCCAAUCACGUCGUCUGGUGGAAUCCAACUGUAAUCAUAAUCAUAUAACAGGAAAGUUUGUUCAGUUGGUAUUAUCCAACGUCGCUCCGACAGUAUAUGCGCACAUUCUUAAUUACACAAACCAGGGGGAAGGUCGCCCUCUCAUAGUCUCACUAGUCUUCCCGUUUGAAAGGAAGGUAUCGGUUAUUAGCAUGAACAUCCUUCGUAGCUUUGAAGGACCUGAUAUGGUUGCUUCCAAGCGAGAUGUUCUAUUGUACUGUGGCUUCCGUCGAUUUCCUGCGAAACCUAUAUACAGUCAAGAUAUCGCUGCCGAACGCGGUAGAUUCGGUAUUUUCAACCGUCACAUUCAAAAGGGGCACACCGCUACAGCAUCUAUUUAUGGCAUGGCACUCUUGCCAAAUACGCCUAUAGUGGCUCUUGAUGCUGAAGACCCCCUAAUUAUGCUCUACGGCGGUAUUGUAAACGGAGCUGACCCUAGCCGCAUAAUUCUGAAACGUAUAGUUCUUACUGGCUAUCCUUUCAGGGUGCACAAGCGCAUGGCGGUAGUACGUUACAUGUUCUUCCAACCACGAGACAUCAAGUAUUUCAAGCCCGCUCAACUACAUACCAAACGUGGUCUGCAGGGUAUCAUAAAGGAGCCUUUAGGUACCCAUGGAUAUAUGAAAUGUAUGUUUAACGACAGUAUACGGCAGGACGAUAUUGUCUGUCUUGCUCUUUAUAAACGUGUAUAUCCCAAAUGGUUCAAGGAAUCAUGGACCACGUGGCUUUGGUAAGCCUAU